UUUAAAUAGCACGUGGAUCCCGACUGGAGGAUGAUGGCGAGCGGGAAGGACGUGGACGCCGAUGGCCCAUUAGUACCGUCGUCGUCGGCAGCCGCGGGCUUGAGCAUCACGAUCCCGUCGUCGUCGUCGGGGCCGCCGCCGACGCCGAUGCCACUGGCGAGCCUCCCGAGCGUGAACCCGCCGCUGUACUUUGGCGUCGUCGAGAGCGCGGUCUUCCGCAGCAACAAGUUUGACGCAACGUCCUUCUCGUUCAUCUCGAGCCUCGGGCUCAACACGGUCGUGUACCUCUCGAGCGACGACCUCGGGCGCGAGCUCUCGGACUUCUUCAAGGACAAGGACAUUACGGUCUGCCACCUCGGCGCCAAGUACCGCAACGUCCGUACUCUCUCGGAGGGCAUGGCGAAGGAAGCGAUCGAGAUCAUCUUGGACCAGCGCAAGUACCCGGUCCUCAUCAUGUGCAAGACGGGCAUCCACAUCUCGGGAUCGAUCGUUGGCUGCCUGCGCCGGCUCCAGAACUGGAGCUUGACCUCGACGAUCGACAAGUACCGGAACCUCGCGGGCACGACCAAGACCAAGUUUGAGAACGAGCAGUUCAUCGAGUUCUUUGACGUCGACCUCGUGACGCUGCCGCCCCACCUCCCCGAGUGGUUUGUCCUCAACCAAAAGCUCAUGGAGGAGGAGCGCGCGGCCUUGGUGCGCAAGGAGUGCUUCCCCGGCGUUCUCCUCACGGGCACGGACGCGGACAAGGCCAUUCCCGCCUACCAGCGCUACUACUUUUCGACCCAAGGCCCGCUCACGUCGCCGUCCGUGACCUUUUCCGAAAAGCUCAGCCUCAUUGGCGACGACGACGGCGACUAAUCGACUACGUGUCCUUGCUCCUCA